GUGCCCAAACAGAAAAUAAUUAAACGUAAAUAAUUUAACUGCUUGUGUUUAUUUUGUCGGUAUUAAUGUUUAUACGUUUUUUGGAAUGAAGUGGAGUGAUGGGCUCUGAUCAACAGUUCUGUCUGCGGUGGCACAAUUAUCAGAGCAGCCUUCUUGCAUCUCUUCCACAAUUGUUAGAUGGUGAUGACCUUACAGAUGUCACCCUGUCAGCAGGUGGACGCAAUUUACGUGCCCAUCGGGUAGUUCUCUCUGCCUGCAGUCAGUACUUUAAAGAACUCUUCAAGGUACUCCAGCCAUUGCAACAUCCUGUGAUAGUACUACCAGGAGCAAACUUCACAGAUUUGUGUGCGCUAGUAACUUUCAUGUACAGUGGGGAAGUUAACAUAUAUCAAGAGCAGCUUCCAGGACUCCUCAACAUGGCUGAUGCAAUGCAGAUUCGAGGACUUGCUGAAGUUAAUGGGUCUGCUGGAAAACUGAGUGGUAAUGAAACAGCCCCAUCUUCAAAGAAAGAAGCGACUACUUCAUCAGCAAAACGAGUCAAAAUAUCAACCAAUCCAGCUAUUGGACCAGUGCUAUCAAACCAGUCACCAGCAGCAGAAAUGAAGCCACCGCAGGCAGAAACUGUUGAUAUACAUGGACAUUUUAUGAAAGCAAAGCUGACAGAGUAUGAAAUGUAUGGAGGAAGUGGAAGCCAAAUUACUAAGCAGUUAAGCAAUGAAAGUGAUUUACAUUAUGGUAACCUACAAAAGGAAGGCGGUACAAAGAAAUUGGUCAUGUCUGAUAGUCUAGAUCUCUAUGUUGAGAACAUUCCUUCAAAGAAGUCAGUUCGUGGAGCCAACAGUAAAAUGGAGACAGAAGAUACUGUGUGCCAGUCGCCCUCUAUUCUGGGACUGCCCUUGAGCAUUGACAACUCUGCUACCACUGGAACGAAGGUGAAAAUUGAACGGGAACCACAUAACAAUGAAGGAUCAGGACAUGCCAGGAUCUCUCCUGAUUUGGCUUCUGUUCUGAAAAGGGCAGCAGGUAUUGAAGAUAUGGAAUUGGGCAGUUCUGAUAAUUCUGCUGUUCAUGCUCAACAUUCUCCUUCUUCUGAAGAUUCUAGUGGUGGAAAUUUUGGUCCAGAUGCAGCAGCAACAGCAGCAGCAGCAAAUAGAAUUCAUCUGAGUCCAGGUCCGCACUUUUCCACUCUCAAGCUUAGCUCCUCCUGUCCUAGCACUCCUCACACUGCCAGCACCAGUACUGGCAAGCUGUUUGCAACCUGCCUGGUCUGUGGGAAACAACUCAGCAACCAGUACAAUCUGCGUGUGCACAUGGAGACGCAUCAGAAUGUCAACUAUGCUUGUGGUGUAUGCAGCCACAUCUCUCGUUCACGUGAUGCACUUCGCAAGCAUGUUUCAUACAGACACCCUGGUGAAGGGAAAGAUAAGGCUACAUUGGCAGGACCUAGGGAACGUAGAUGUGGGCUGGAGGGGAGGAACCGGUCUCUCCUGGGUUCUGGCACAAAUGGAGUGGAAAUAAAGACCCAAGUUCCAUUCAGAAUAGGCAGUAAUGGUGUGGGAACGCAGGCUUCAGAAGGAAUAGAUAGAGCAGGCAGCAUUGGAGUAGGAGGAUUUAUAGGGAAAGGGAUAGAUAGAUUGGGUGAAGAAAUGGCUAGCAGGAAAAUUAAAGUAAUUUCCAAUAAUGAUAAUAAGCACCCUUGAUGGGGCGUUUCAUUCUUGUCUGUAGAUAAAAAUCACAUCCAUUUAACAUUGUUUGGAAUUAUAGUUUAAUUACAGAAGUAUCAUAAUUUGAUGCACGUGGAGAGUUACAGUGGAAAGCUAGCUAGUACCUGACUUUCUGAUUACCGUCUCUGUUCAUGAUGACAUAAAUGUGUCCUAACCACCAGUAUGUAUCAACCUCCCAUAAAUUUCAUGUACAGUUUUGUUUCUGAAUUACACAUUUAUGUCGUCAUGCAUAGAGACUGUAAUCAGAAAGUCAGGGCAUUGGGGUUUAGCUUUCAGAUAAUUGAGAGCAUGCUUCUUUUUUGUGUUCAUGUGAUAAAUUAAUACAGACACACUAAAUAUGUAUAUAUUUUUUUCCUGCUGAAUAAUGUAAAAUAUUUUUUACCAUCAACAUGUCUUUCAAAUCAGCCAAGUGUGCCUUGAAGGAUGCACUUCAACUUAUAUUCUAAACAGGGUUCUUAACUAGUAUGGCAUAUAGAUGUAGCAACAACUAAGAUCGAACUGCAAAGAAGUCAGCUUAUAUAUAUUUAUUACUGUUAUUUAAUUAACUCUUACAUGUCCUUGCAGAUGCAGAUAUCUAUAUAUAUUUAUUACAGCACAAAUUGUCACAUUGACCUAUUUACAUUUUAUCUAUAAUCUGUAUACAUAUUUAUUAUAGUGACUCCAAUAGUUACGAAGCUCUAUCCAGAGCUAUUCAAGGCCAGUAUACCACUAUGGAAUCAAAUAAUAUAAUUUGAUGACAGUCCAUCUCAUAUAGUUCUUAAACUCUCAUGAUCCAGACACGUUUUCUUUAUUUUUCUUCAUCGGUUCAUUUUACUGGAUGGUUAUGAAAAGAAGGCUGUACAUGUGAAUGUUUAAUUAAAGCCAGCUGGUUUACAACUUUCUUUCUACCAAGGACCAGCUGAGUUUUGCAUUGAGAUGAAUGGGAUGCAUAAGACAAUUGAAUUGCAUUUGUGUACAAAUGUCUAAUGUGUGAUUAUUGAGGCCUUCUGUCUACAUCAGCUGGCUUUAACCUGUUUUAUGAAUUUUGAGAUUUUGCUAGGAGUGUUUUAUAAUUUUUGUUUGUGUGUUUGACAAGUUUUUUUUAAGUCCUUGAUCAACACUAGAAACAGAAAGAUGCCAUAGAACAUCUGUGUAUUGUUGAAAUAAUGGGUUUCUCAAAAAA